GUUUCCCGUCGCGCUUCAGGCGAGCGGCUGAGGCAGAAGGCAGGUGAAGACCACUGCUUGCCCUUUCCAGCUCAGGAAAGAAGAUGGUAACCAUGCUUCACUUAUGAAAACUCCUGCUUGCAUCUUAAUACACAAUGUCCCUGCUGUUCCUUCGCUCCAAGUCCAUCAUCACUAGCAAAAAGGACAAGAGACAUAUGGCGGACGUCAGUGCCUCCCCCCUUAAGCAUUUUGUCACUGCCAAGAAAAAAAUAAAUGGCAUCUUUGAACAGUUGGCAGCUUACAUCCAGGAGAGCUCCGUGUUUCUGGAGGAAAUACACAAGAAUGGUGAGCUUGACCCUGUCACCACAGAAGAGCAGGUGUCAGAGGUCAAGGGCUACCUGUCCAAGGUCAGCGGGAUCAGCGAAGUGCUGGCAAGGCGACACAUGAAGGUGGCUUUCUUUGGGCGGACGAGUAAUGGGAAAAGUACUGUGAUUAACGCCAUGCUGUGGGAUAAAGUCCUUCCCUCUGGGAUCGGCCACACCACCAACUGCUUCCUGAGAGUGGAGGGGACGGACGGCCAGGACGCCUUCCUGCUCACCGAAGGCUCCGAAGAGAAGAAGAGCGUCAAGACGGUAAACCAGCUGGCUCACGCCCUCCACCAAGAUGAAUUGCUAACGGCCGGGGGUCUGGUCAGCGUCAUGUGGCCGAAUUCCAAGUGCCCUUUGCUCAAGGAUGAUCUUGUUUUGAUGGACAGCCCCGGAAUUGACGUCACCACCGAGCUGGAUAGCUGGAUUGAUAAAUUCUGCUUGGAUGCCGAUGUCUUUGUGUUGGUGGCCAACUCCGAGUCGACGCUGAUGCAGACGGAGAAGCAGUUCUUCCACAAAGUCAACGCUCGCCUCUCUCGGCCCAACAUUUUCAUUUUAAAUAACCGCUGGGACGCUUCGGCCUCCGAACCGGAAUACAUGGAGGAGGUUCGCCGACAGCACAUGGAACGUUGCACCAGCUUCCUGGUGGACGAGCUGGGCGUGGUGGACCGUGCCCAGGCUGGAGAUCGCAUAUUCUUUGUCUCUGCGAAAGAGGUCCUGAAUGCCCGCAUCCAGAAGGCUCAGGGUAUGCCCGAAGGAGGCGGGGCACUGGCCGAGGGUUUCCAAGUGAGGAUGUUCGAAUUCCAGAAUUUUGAGCGGAGGUUUGAGGAGUGCAUCUCGCAGUCCGCCGUCAAGACCAAGUUUGAGCAACACACGGUCCGAGCCAAGCAGAUUGCGGAGGAGGUCCGGCACAUCAUGGAUUCCGUGCAUGUGGCCGCGCAGGAACAGAGAUGGGCUGAAGCCGCUCCUCCCCGUUUCCCUGAGGGGGCAGAUCGAGCUGCUGGUCCCCAGGCAGUGCUUCACCCUCAGUUACGACCUGAACUGCGACAAGCUCUGCGCCGACUUCCAGGAAGACGUCCAGUUUCAUUUCUCCCUCGGCUGGACCAUGUUGGUGAACCGGUUUCUGGGCCCCAAAAACACACGCCGGGCCUUGAUGGGCUAUGGCGACCAGGUCCAGCGUCCGUUGCCCCUGACCCCGGCAAACCCAAGCCUGCCCCCCAUGCCACAGGGGUCCUUGACUCAGGAGGAGCUGAUGGUCUCCAUGGUAACCGGCCUGGCCUCCCUCACAUCCAGGACUUCGAUGGGCAUCCUUGUGAUUGGUGGAGUGGUCUGGAAGGCGGUGGGCUGGAGGCUGAUCGCCCUUUCCCUGGGCCUCUACGGACUCCUGUAUGUCUACGAGCGCCUCACCUGGACCACGAAGGCGAAAGAGAGGGCCUUCAAGCGCCAGUUUGUGGACUACGCCGGGGAGAAGCUUCAGCUCAUCGUCAGCUACACCGGCUCCAACUGCAGCCACCAAGUUCAGCAGGAACUGGCGGGAACCUUCGCUCAACUAUGCCAGCAGGUGGACGUGACGAGAGACGAUCUAGAGAAAGAAAUUGCAGGCCUGAAUCAAAAGAUUGAGAUUUUGGAUACUUUACAGAGUAGAGCCAAGUUACUUAGGAAUAAAGCUGGGUGGCUGGACAGCGAGCUGAACAUGUUCACACAUCAAUAUUUGCAGCAGAGCAGAUAAGCCACCGAAAUGGGAGUCCACCAGGAGUCUGGCUGUUUCCCUCUCCUUCCCAGUCACGCUAUUGGGAAAAUAAUUCCAGAUGACGGGAACUUUGGGGGGGGGGGGGCACUGGAAGUCUCGUUCCCCUUUGCGCCCGUCCCUUCCAUGCACACAGUUAAUUUUGAAACCUGUUUCCCUUUCUCCUCACGUGGGCGCUUCUAUUCUCAUAGCCAGCCCUUGCAAUCUUAGCAGUUUUGGGUUUAGUAAGAAGAACGUUGACAAUCCUGACAGUAGGCUGGGGUAUCCCAAACCCUGCAUCUAAUCUCUUGACUCGUUUUCGAUGAAAUAGCAACUUAAUUUGCAUAUUAUUAUUUUUUUAGUGGGUGUGGAAUGAAAUUAACCCUGAUGUCUGCUUGCCACAAAUGAAUGAGACUGUUCCUCCCGAAGGGAAAUCUUAUCCUAAUUUAUAGGACAAACGUUUGGUGCAUCCCAGACUAAUUUCAGAGCUCGGCUUCUGAAUUUUGGAAAGCAAGGAACAAUAUUUGGUUGGGUUUCUUCGACCUUGAAAUCCCAUCUUCUCCUUAACGCGCUUGUGAUGUAGCGAGUGGAUUAAAUGUUCUGUGCUGAU